AUGUCGAACAGACUAAGCCCGCCCACCGUUGCCCAGAACAGCUCUGCCGAGGGGUCCCCCAGGUCCAUGGCUCGUAUUGAAGAAAUAGGAACAAUUCAGGUCUCAGACCUAUUUUCGGGAGCCAUUGCAGAAUCAAUUUUAGCUUUAUACCAAAAAAACGAUCCGCUGAGCGGCCAGGCAUGCGAGCGCAGCGACGACCUCCGCGAAAGAGCGAUACGCUAUUACGGCGCCAGACUUUAUAUCAAUGGCAAAUCAGAGAAACGUAUUUGGUGCCACAUUACCGGGGAAUGGCAGCCGGAAUCCCAUGUCGAGGUGACACAUAUAGUGCCAAUUUUUGUUAUCUCCUUUGGGAACAUUUGCGAAUUGUUGUUUGGGAGUAAAUCGGACGAAGUUGACAAACAGCAGAACACGCUUACUCUGUUAUUCGAUGUUAAGAAAUGGUUUGACAGACAUGAGCUGGUUGUUGUUCCAUGGGACGCAACAGAGAAUCCCAUCACCCGAUGGCGAACAGAUGUAUUCCCAAGCAUCCAUAAUGAGCCGCUCGAUACGAAAGCCACAUUUCGCGACUUGGAUGGAAAGGAAUUGAUUUUCAGGGAUCAGAACCGUCCAUCUUCACGCUUUCUCUAUUUCCAUUUCAUCAUGAGCCUUAUCCGAAUCAAGGAUCUCAACAAAGAGGGAUGGCGGGAUAUAUGGGCACGAUAUUACGAACAACCCCCUUUCCCUGCGCCAGCGCCUUAUAUGCGAAAGAGUAUGAUACUGGCUCUCGCCACUCACUUCGAGUCAACGGAUAUGCACGUUAUAGAGUCGUGGAUUGUCAGCAAUGGGUUCGGCUCACCACUCAACGGCCCAUUAGCCACAGAAACGGCUCGCCAAGUUCACAUGGCCAUUGAGUACCAUUAUGUCCAACAACAAAUGGAAGACGAAGAAAAGGAUUCAACAGACGGGGAAGACAUGACAGACGAGGAAGAAGACACAGACAAAGAGGAAGACACAGAUGAGGAAGGAUAA